UUUUUCACUUUUUUCACACAUAUGGCAUCCUCAAGACUGCAGCAAAUCCAAACCCACUUGGCACCCAACCCUUCUGCACAGAAGACCAAGGUCGGUGUUCAGUCCCCUGAAGACGUUGUUGUUGUCUCUGCUCUUCGUACCGCUAUUACCAAGGGUCGCAAGGGUGGCUUCAAGGACAUGCUUCCUGAAGAUAUCCUCUCCGCUGUUCUCAAGGCCACUCUCGAGAAGACCAAGCUUGAUCCCAAGCUUGUUGAUGACAUUUGCGUCGGUAACGUUGCUGCCCCUGGUGGUUUGGCCACUGCCUCUCGUAUGGCUGCUCUUCACGCUGGCUUCCCUGAUACCACCAGUCUCAACACCACCAACAGACAAUGCUCCUCUGGUCUCCAAGCUUGCGUCCAGAUUGCCACUGCUAUCCAAUCUGGUUUGAUUGAAAUUGGUAUCGGUGCUGGCGUCGAAUCCAUGACUCAAAACUAUUUCUCACGCAACAUCACUACCUCCAAGAAGCUUACUGCAGAGUCCCAAGCUGCCGCCGACUGCCUUAUUCCCAUGGGUAUCACCUCUGAGAACGUUGCUGCUGAGUGGAACAUUUCUCGCUUGACCCAGGACGAGUUCUCCACACUUUCACACACCAAGGCCAUCGCUGCCCAAAAGGCUGGUCUCUUCAAGGACGAAAUUGUUCCCGUCACCGCCACCAUUGUUGACAAGGAUGGCAACGAAAAGACCAUCGUUGUUGAUCAGGACGAGGGUAUGAGAGAGGGAACUUCUCCUCAGACCCUUGCCAAGCUCAAGCCAGCUUUCAAGGCUGACGGUAGCACUACCGCUGGUAACGCUUCCCAAGUCUCUGAUGGUGCUGCUGCUGUUCUCUUGAUGAAGCGUAAGACCGCCCACAAGCUUGGUCUUCCUAUCUUGGGCAAGUAUGUCACCUCUGCUGUUGUUGGUGUUCCCCCUAAGGUUAUGGGUAUUGGACCGGCUUUCGCCAUCCCCGUUGCCGUUGAGCGCGCUGGCCUUAAGAUCGAUGAUGUUGACAUCUUCGAGUUGAACGAGGCUUUUGCUUCCCAGGCAGUUUACACUGUCCAAAAGUGCAACAUCCCCAUUGAGAAGGUCAACCCCAAGGGUGGUGCCAUCGCUUUGGGCCAUCCUCUUGGCUGCACUGGUGCCCGUCAAGUUGCUACCCUCUUCCCUGAACUCAAGCGUCAGAACAAGAAGAUUGGAUGCACCACCAUGUGCAUUGGCAGUGGUAUGGGUAUGGCUGCUAUCUGGGAACGCGAAUAAGUGUAGUUUAAUACUAGCGUAAUCUCCCUUUGGGGUCUCCCAUUUUAUUGUAGUAUAGCAAAAAGAUAAAAAGAAAAUGCAUUUUAAUUAUAUCACCC